UGCGUUUUUUGACCCUUUUUACUUCCCCUUCAAUAAUAUUCCCACCGGUUUCCUUCCCCAAUUGUUAUGACUAAUGAGCCUUUGCGAUCUCUUUCUUCUUCAAAGGACUUCAAUUCGAUUUCAGUGGUUUUAGGGUUUUCAUGAUGAUGUGUAGUGAAAGGUAUUGUUGUUCAUCGUCAACAACAAGAAGCAGAAUGAACUGGGUGUAGAACAAAAGAGGAUUUGCUUUGUAGAAAUGUCUCCGGUCAAAUUCUUGUUUACGUUCCUGUUCAUAUCAAUCAUACUAUGGCUUCUGUUCAUAUCUGCUUCCAAGUUUGUGGCUUGGACUUUGAGUCGGAUUAUGAAAGCAUCAGUGGCAUUUAAAGUUAGUGGAUGGAAAUGUUUGAGGGAUGUUACAAUCAAGUUCGAAAAGGGUGCGGUUGAAUCUGUUUGUGUUGGUGAAAUCAGAUUUAGUCUACGACAAUCCUUGGUUAAAUUAGGAGUUGGUUUCAUGUCUAGGGAUCCAAAACUGCAGUUGUUGAUAAGUGACAUAGAAAUUGUUAUAAGGGCUUCAAACAAAAAUGCAAAAAAAUCAGAGUCACAAAAAUCUCGCAGAUCCCGCAGUAACCCAGGCAGAGGAAAGUGGAUGGUUGUGGCUAAUAUGGCAAGAUUCUUAUCCAUUUCUGUCACAGAUUUGAUUGUAAAGACACCAAAGGCUACUGUAGAAGUUAAAGACCUGGGUGUUGAAAUAUCUAAAGAUGGUGGUACAAAGCCUUGUGUCCUUGUGAAGUUGCAACUUGUGCCUGUUGUUGUUCAUCUGGGUGAUCCACGUAUUAGUUUUGAUCAAUCAUCAAGCUUUUGCAAUGCUGAAAGCUUUACUGCAGGCCAGACAUGUUUUGCAUCGAUAGAGAAGGCUUCUGCUCCUUUCUUUUGUGAAGAAUUCCAUCUCUCGAGUGAGUUUGGUCAUGAUAGAGAAGCGGGUAUUGUAGUAAAAAAUGUGGACAUAUCUAUUGGAGAAAUUGCUUUGAACUUAAAUGAGGAGUUGAUCCCUGGAAAGAAGUCGACUGAUACCCAAGUUGACGAUUUUUUACAAUCAACCAUUGAACACACUUUUGCCAAAAAGAAAGAAAAUAAACAAUCUCCUCUUUUGGCUGUUACCAAGUACACUUCAUUCAUCCCAGAAAAGGUUUCUCUCACUUUGCCAAAGUUAAAUGUGAGGUUUGUGCAUAAAGAACACUAUAUUGUUAUGGAGAAUAACAUCAUGGGCAUCCAGUUAAAGAGUGUGAAGUCAAGGUUUGUUGAGGACAUUGGAGAAAGCACACGUCUUGAUCUUCAGUUAGAUUUCAGCGAGAUUCAUCUUCUUAAAGAAGCUGAAAAUUCUGUGGUGGACAUAUUAAAGCUUGCUGUUAUUUCUUCAGUUUACAUUCCAUUACAGCCUACAUCACCCAUUAGAUGUGAAAUUGAUGUUAAGCUUGGAGGCACCCAAUGCAACCUAUUUAUGGAAAGAUUAAAUCCAUUGAUGAAGUUGAGCUCCUCAAAGAAGAAAAAGAUGGUGCUUGGGGAUGAAAAUGCUAAUCCAGUUCCAGUAACAGUCCAGACAAGUAGUUCUAAAGCCAUCAUGUGGACAUGCACAGUUUCAGCUCCAGAGAUGACUAUCGUGCUUUUUAAUCUGAGUGGAUUGCCUAUAUAUCAUGGUUGCUCACAGUCGUCACAUGUCUUUGCCAACAACAUAUCUAGUACAGGCACUGCAGUUCACCUGGAACUUGGGGAACUGAAUUUGCACAUGGCAGAUGAGUAUCAAGAAUCUUUGAGAGAAAGCCUUUUUGGUGUGGAAACAAAUACUGGUUCCCUAUUGCAUAUAGCAAAGAUCACCCUGGAUUGGGGAAAAAAGGACAGGGAGUCACAGUCACCUCAAGAAGACAGUUCUAAGUUUAUAUUGGUUGUGUCUGUUGAUGUAACUGGAAUGGGUGUGAACCUGACAUUCAAGCGUGUUCAGUCCUUGUUAUCAACUGCUUUGUUGUUUAAGGCACUGUUGAAAGCUUCAUCUCAAUCUCUUAAAACAUCCACACAAAGUCGGGCAGGGAGGUCAACAAAAACAUCUGGCAAAGGGAUUCGGUUAGUGAAGUUUAAUCUGGAAAGGUGCUCUGUAAAUCUCUCUAGUGAAGUAGGCUUGGAAAAUGAAGUUGUCCAGGACCCCAAAAAAGUGAAUUAUGGAUCACAAGGUGGCAGGGUGACUUUUAGUGCCUUAGCUGAUGGGACUCCACGUACUGCAAAAAUAGCAUCAACAGUUUCUGAUGAGCACAAGAUGGUGAAGUGUAUUGUAGGCCUGGAUAUUUUUCAUUUUAGUUUGUGCUUGAACAAGGAGAAACAGUCGACUCAGUUGGAGCUUGAAAGAGCUAGAUCUGUGUAUCAAGAGUAUCUGGAAGACAACAGUACUCGCACAAAAGUGACAUUGUUUGACAUGCAGAAUGCAAAGUUUGUAAGGAGAGCUGGAGGUCUUAAAGAGAUAGCUGUUUGCUCUCUUUUCAGUGCCACUGAUAUCACAUUCAGGUGGGAGCCCGAUGUUCAUUUAUCAUUGGUUGACCUAGGGUUGAGAAUGAAGCUACUGAUCGACAACCAGAAGCGUCAGUCUCAGGAGGACAAACUCCUGAAGGGGAUGUAUGGUAGUGGAAAUAACGGACAUACAAAAGAAGACUCUGUGGGAUCAUUUGAGUCAGAGAAGAAUAAAAAAAAGAAGGAAUCUCUUUUUGCUAUUGAUGUCGAGAUGCUUACUCUAACUGCUGAAGCUGGAGAUGGUGUUGAGGCCAUGAUUAAGGUUCAGUCGAUUUUUUCUGAAAAUGCUCGUAUAGGUGUACUUGUUGAGGGACUAAUGCUCAGUUUUAAUUCGGCAAAAGUGUUCAAGAGUGGCAGGAUGCAGAUUUCCCGCAUACCGCAUACUUCAAAGGAUUCAGGUGGUAAGUGGGAUUGGGUGAUUCAAGCAUUUGAUAUACAUAUCAUCAUGCCAUACAGAUUGCAACUGCGUGCUCUUGAUGAUUCCAUCGAGGAAAUGCUGCGAGCUUUAAAGCUUGUUACUUCUGCUAAAACAAAAGCAAUAUUUCCAUCCAAAGAAGAUGCUGCGAAACCUAAGAAACCUAGUUCUAGUUCCUCUAAAAUUGGUCGUGUAAAGUUCUACAUACGUAAGUUGACUGCUGACAUCGAGGAGGAGCCUCUACAGGGUUGGCUCGAUGAACACUAUCGACUGAUGAAAAACGAGGCUCGUGAAGUGGCUGUUAGGUUGAGUUUGCUUGAUGCAGUUACUGCAAAAGGGACCCAGUCUUCUGCAGUUGGUGAUACAGAUGAUUCUGUUUAUGAAGUUGGUGGAGAAGAGAUGGAUGCAUCAUCUAUUGAAAAACUUAAGGAGGAAAUCUAUAAGCAGUCAUUCCGGUCUUAUUAUCGGGCAUGCAAGAGUCUUGUGACAACAGAAGGAUCAGGUGCUUGCUCUCAGGAUGGAUUUCAGUCCGGUUUUAAGCUUAGCACCUCCAGAACCUCUCUUUUUUCUAUUACUGCAACAGAGCUUGAUCUAAGCUUGUCAGCAAUCGAAGGUGGUGAAGCUGGGAUGAUAGACUUUGUACAGAAGCUUGAUCCAGUUGCUCUGGAAUAUAAAAUUCCAUUUUCUCGCCUAUAUGGAUGUAACAUUAAUAUGCAGACAGGCUCUCUUGUUAUUCAGCUAAGAGACUAUACUUAUCCUCUCCUUGCUGGAACCUCUGGUAAAUGUGAGGGCCGAGUUGUGCUCGCUCAACAGGCAACGCCUUUUCAACCCCAAAUGCUGCAUGAUGUCUACAUUGGUAGAUGGAGGAAGGUGCAAAUGUAUCGUUCAGUUAGUGGCACAACUCCACCAAUGAAAACAUAUUUGGAUUUGCCAUUGAAUUUCCAGAAAGGAGAAAUAUCUUAUGGUGUGGGUUUUGAACCAUCUUUUGCUGAUUUGAGCUAUGCCUUCACCGUAGCUUUACGUAGGGCCAACUUAAGUGUCAGGAACCCAAAUGCUUCCAACACUACCCCCCCAAAGAAAGAAAAAAGCUUGCCAUGGUGGGACGAAAUGAGGAAUUACAUGCAUGGAAAGACCACAUUAUGUUUUUCAGAGAGCACAUUUAACAUUCUUGCUACAACCGAUCCAUAUGAAAAGUCUGAUAAACUCCAAAUUACUUCUGGGCAUAUGGAGCUCCGACACUCGGACGGGCGUAUUCAUGUUUCAGCAACGGAUUUCAAGAUGUUUACAAGCAGUUUGGAGAAUUUGCUACGGAAUUCAACGGUUAAGCCUCCAGCUGGGACAUGUGGCGCUUUUCUAGUGGCCCCUAGCUUUACUCUCGAGGUUACAAUGGACUGGGAAUGUGAGUCGGGCAAGCCACUUAACCAUUUUUUGUUUGCGCUUCCUUCUGAAGGUGUCACUCGUGAAAAGAUAUACGAUCCUUUCAGAUCCACUUCACUAUCGCUGAGGUGGAAUUUCUCUCUCAGACCCAUCCCCUCAGGUAAUGGGUUUGUUGCAUUUGAUGCAGCUUUGCAUGACCUGUCUAAAUUGGAGAACGAUUCAAUUAGCUCACCAACUUUGAAUGUUGGGCCUCAUGAUUUUGCUUGGCUCAUAAAGUUCUGGUAUUUAAACUACAUUCCUCCUCAGAAAUUGCGUUACUUCUCUCGAUGGCCUCGAUAUGGUGUCCCUAGAAUCCCUAGGUCUGGUAACCUCUCUUUAGACAAAGUCAUGACAGAGUUUAUGUUCCGAAUUGAUUCAACUCCAACCUGUUUAAGACAUAUGUCAUUAGAUGAUAAUGAUCCGGCUAAAGGGUUGACAUUUAAGAUGACAAAGCUGAAAUUUGAAAUGUGUUACAGUCGUGGCAAGCAAAAGUACACAUUCGAGAGCAAGCGUGAUAUUCUUGAUCUUGUCUACCAGGGUCUUGAUCUUCAUAUGCCUAAGGUAUUUCUUAACAAAGAUGAUACCACGAGUGUUAUUAAAGUUGUACAAAUGACAAGGAAAAGCUCAAAAUCUUCAUCCACGGACAGAGUUGUAAAUGAAAAUUCAGGUAAUGCCAAAGGAACCACGGAAAGGCAUCGUGAUGAUGGGUUUUUGUUGUCAUCUGAUUACUUUACAAUUAGAAGGCAAUCGCCAAAGGCAGAUCCUGCUAGAUUGUUGGCAUGGCAGGAAGCUGGUAGAAGGAAUCUUGAGAUGACAUAUGUUAGGUCAGAAUUUGAGAAUGGAAGUGAUAGUGAUGAACAGGCAAGGUCUGAUCCAAGUGAGGAUGAUGGGUAUAAUGUGGUGAUAGCUGAUAACUGUCGGCGGAUCUUUGUGUAUGGAUUGAAGCUGCUAUGGACGAUUGAGAACAGAGAUGCUGUUUGGUCUUGGGUUGGUGAGUUAUCUAAAGCAUUUGCACCUUCAAAGCCUUCUCCUUCACGUCAAUAUGCCCAAAGGAAGCUACAUGAAGAGACCCAGCUGCAAAAUAAAAAUGAAUCUCAAUCUUUCCAAGAAGACGCCUCCUCAAAGAACCCAUCUGUUGCUCAAGGUGCAAGCUCUUCUAAACAAAAGGAGGCAUCAGGUUCAGAUCCAUCUCUAGCAAAUUCAACUAAAGCACAUAGUCAGUCAUUCGGUGCUAUUGACAAACAUGGAUUUGAUGACUCUGAUGAGGAGGGAACCCGCCGUUUCAUGGUAAACGUUAUUGAGCCACAGUUCAAUCUUCACUCAGAAGAUGCCAAUGGUAGAUUUUUGCUUGCUGCUGUAAGCGGGCGGGUGUUAGCUCGGUCGUUUCAUGCAGUUUUGAAUGUGGGUAUAGAGAUGAUCAAACAAGCACUUGGGAGUGGAGAUGUGAAUAAUCCUGAAUUGACAUGGAACCGCAUGGAGCUGUCAGUGAUGUUGGAACGUGUGCAGGCUCAUGUUGCUCCAACUGAUGUUGAUCCAGGGGCUGGACUCCAGUGGUUACCAAAGAUUAGAAGAAGCUCAUCAAAAGUAAAGCGUACUGGGGCUCUACUUGAAAGAGUAUUUAUGCCAUGUGAUAUGUACUUCCGUUACACCAGGCACAAAGGGGGAACAACAGAUCUCAAGGUCAAACCUUUGAAAGAACUUGCAUUCAAUUCUCAAAACAUAACAGCCACCAUGACCUCUCGACAGUUUCAAGUUAUGCUCGAUGUUUUGACCAAUCUACUCUUUGCCAGGCUUCCUAAGUCUCGGAGAAGCAGCCUUCCGAAAUCUGCAGAAGAUGAUGAAGACAUUGAGGAAGAAGCAGAUGAGGUGGUUCCUGAUGGUGUUGAAGAGGUAGAGAUAGAACGAGUCAACCUUGAACAUAAGGAGCGGGCACGGAGCUUGCUCUUUGAUGAUAUCCGGAAGCUUUCUGUUUUACCGGAUGCUUCUGGAGACGUGUCUUCAGAGAAGGAAGGGAAUCUUUGGAUGAUAACAUGUGGAAGAUCCACAUUGGUGCAAAGACUGAGGAAAGAAUUGGUAAAUGCACAAAAAUCUAGAAAGAUGGCUGCUGCUUCUUUGAGGAUGGCUAUGCAGAAAGCUGCACAAUUACGACUUAUGGAGAAAGAGAAGAACAAAAGCCCUUCAUGUGCUAUGCGCAUAUCUUUACAAAUCAACAAAGUAGUUUGGGGAAUGCUUGUGGAUGGGAAAUCUUUUGCAGAGGCUGAGAUAAAUGACAUGAUAUAUGAUUUUGACAGAGAUUAUAAAGACGUUGGUCUUGCUAGAUUCACAACAAAGUACUUUGUUGUGAGAAAUUGCCUGCCUAAUGCUAGGUCUGACAUGCUUCUGUCAGCAUGGAAUCCUCCUCCUGAAUGGGGAAAAAAAGUGAUGCUUCGAGUAGAUGCAAAACAAGGGGCUCCAAAAGAUGGCAACUCGCCUAUUGAGUUAUUCCAGGUGGAAAUUUACCCGUUGAAAAUACACUUGACCGAGACGAUGUACAGAAUGAUGUGGGAGUACUUCUUCCCUGAAGAGGAGCAAGACAGUCAGCGGCGACAGGAAGUUUGGAAGGUGUCAACUACUGCUGGUUUACGAAGAGCGAAAAAAGGUUGUGCAGUGAAUGAGGCUUCUGCAUCAACCAGUCAUUCAACUAAGGAAUCAGAUGGAUCCUCCAGAUCAAGUGCUUAUGGUGUGGCAUUAACAUCCUCUAUCCAUGGUGACGCCAUGCAUGCAUCAAAGCUGCAGAGUGCAAAAAACACAGCACCGGAGCUGGGGAGAAGUUGUUCUUUUGACAGAAGGUGUGAAGAAUCAGUAGCAGAAUCUGUAACAAACGAACUUAUGCUACAACUGCAAUCUUCAAAGAAUGAAACAAUUGGAAGCCUUGAGCUACAACAAGAUAACGAGUACAUUAAAUCCAACAAAUCAAAAGACUCCAGCAAAACUAGUGCAAAAACCGCACGUUCUUCUCAUGAAGACAAGAAGAUAGGCAAACCAAGCGAUGAGAAAAGGUCGAGGCCGAGGGUGAUGAGGGAGUUCCAUAAUAUCAAGAUAAGUCAGGUUGAGCUGCUAGUGACAUACGAAGGAUCACGGUUUGCUGUAAGCGAGCUAUGGUUGCUGAUGGAUACAUUUCAUCGUUUAGGGUUCACUGGAACUUGGAGGCGCCUCUUCUCAAGAGUUAAGAAACAUAUAAUUUGGGGGGUUCUCAAAUCAGUCACAGGAAUGCAGGGUAAGAAGUUCAAAAAUAAAUUACUUGGUCAGGGAAAAGAAGCAGCAAGCAGUCUGUCUGGUAUCCACAGCACGGAUCUGAAUCUGAGUGACAGUGAUGGGCCUGGUGGUGAGCAGGUGGAGGUCCCAAUAACUUGGCCCAAAAGGCCUCCUGAGGGUGCAGGGGAUGGAUUUGUGACCUCCAUCAGGGGAUUAUUCCAUUCUCAGCGUCGUAAGGCCAAGGCGUUUGUGCUCAGGACAAUGAGAGGUGAAGGGGAGAACAACAGCAACAAUAAUAAUAAUGAAUCCGAGAGGAUGAGUGGCGGUGUUGGGGGUGAGUGGAGUGAAAGCGAUAACGAAUAUUCCCCCUUCGCCAGGCAACUCACCAUAACAAAAGCCAGGAAGUUGAUCAGACGCCACACCAAAAAGUUCCGUUCAAAGAAAGGUAUUAUUAUAUCUCCACACUCACACUCACAGCGAAUAAUAGAUUCAUCACUUCCAUCUUCACCAAUUGAAACCACACCAUACGAAACAAACUCCUCCAGUGGAUCCGAAUCCGAUCCGUAUGAGGAUUUCCUCGAAUUCCAACAAAAAUCCCUAACUUCACCUCCUCCUCAAACAACUUAAAAGAAAAAAAAAACCAUACUUUUUCCCAACGCCUUGCCAAGGCUGAGUAAUUUUGUAUAAUGUAUAAUGUAUUAUUCUUAUUAUUAUUAUGUAUGUAUGUUUGAAUUAUGAAAAGCAGGCUCCCCAAUCAUUGCUUGCUUGGUAAUGAUACGUAUAGAUAUACACAAAGGAUUGUGGUUACUCAUUGAUAUCAAUCAGACUUCUUGUAUUGUAUAUAUAUAUUAUAUAGCCAACCACAACACAAACCUUUCACUCUCA